AUGCCCUUUAGGCACAAACGCAAACCUGCGGCUGAAGAGCCGGAAUCUCAAUCCAUUCACUCCUCCCCAGACACGUCCUCAUCCUCUUCUUCCGCGGCCCGCUCCACCCUCUCCCGCCGCCUCUCCCUCUCCCGCACACUCUCCUCGCUGCGUCCCAAACCAUCCGACCCCAACUCCCCUCCCGCCGUCAGCCCCCCCAGCCGCGGCAUCGGCGCCCAUGUCCACAAGAUCACAACCACAGCCGGGAUCCCUUUCAACAAGGCCGCGAACCUCGUCGGCGCAGAGGGAUGGUUCCCGCAAACCAUGCCUCGCGAGUGCGCCAAAGCUGCUCGCAUCCUCCAGUCUUUUACCGACCAGCCCCUCGGCGACACGGAACCGGCUCCCUCCCACGGCCGUAACGAGCCCUUCCAUCCCCUUGGGAUCACCCGCCGCUCCGUCGUUGCGAUCCCCCACCAGGUCCUCGCCCACUGCGCCGGCCUCGCCAUCUUCAAUACCCUCCGCGCGGGUGCCUACAUGGGCUCCCUCGCCGCGGGCUCUGGCCUCGUUGUCGCUCGCCGCCCAGACGGGACCUGGUCCCCUCCGUCGUCCUUCGUCGUCUCCACGCUGGGUGCGGGUUUCAUGUUUGGCCUCGACAUCUAUGACUGCGUCCUGGUGCUCAACACCGCCGCCCAGGUCGCGGCCUUUGCGCACCCGCGCGUGUCGCUCGGCGCGGAGACAUCCAUAGCCAUCGGCCCCGUGGGCACGGGCGGAGCCGUAGAGGCGGCGUUAUCAAGGACCUCGCGGUCAAUGUACAGCUACAUGAAGUCCCGCGGUUUGUGGGCGGGCGUACAGGUCGACGGCACCAUCAUCCUCGCAAGGCAGGACUGUAACGGGGUGGCGUACAAUGACCGCAAGAUCUCGGCGCGGAGGAUCUUACAGACGCAGGCGGAGUGGCCUGAGGGUCGUUGCCGCUGUGGCAGACGCUGA